UUGUUGUGCAUCCAUUUUGAGUAGUUCCCUCUUCUGCUCUUCCUCCUUCGUUCUCCAGGUAUCAAUCACUCUCGGAGUCCAGUCUACUAGCAUCUAGCACAGAGAAGAUAGUUGGAGUUUUGGGAUUUCGAAGCUGUUUGAAUGCAAUGACCAACCAUGUGAAAUGGACUUCUGUUGAGUCCAAAAUUAGCACGAACGCCGCACCGAUAUCCUCCUCCUCGUCGAGGAGCCCGUCCAUGGCGUCGUCAAGCGGAGCGGGGACUGCAGUGGAGCACAAGCGGGCGCGGGACAUCCGGAAGCACCCGGUGUACCGCGGGGUGCGGAUGCGGGCUUGGGGGAAGUGGGUAUCCGAGAUCCGGGAGCCCCGCAAGAAGUCGCGCAUAUGGUUGGGGACCUUCGCCACGCCCGAGAUGGCCGCCCGCGCCCACGACGCCGCUGUCCUCAGCGUCAAGGGCGCUCCCGCCGCUGCUAACGUGCUCAACUUCCCCGAGCUCGCCGGCUCCCUGCCCCGCCCGGCCUCCCUCUCCCCGCGCGACGUGCGCGAGGCUGCCGCUCGGGCUGCGGCCAUGGACAUGCCGAGGGCAGCCGCGGCCGCUUUGGUGGUGGAGGAGGAUGAGCUUGAGGAAAUAGUGGAACUCCCGCGGCUGGGACAGGACUUGUUUGGCUCUGCUCAUCUGGCAGGCGAAUUCGUCUUCCAUGACUCCAUCUCCACUGCCUCGGGAGCUCUCUCUUUUGGGGCAUCAAGUAAAUGUCCUUCAUGUCUUCUUCUUCACGUCCUUCUCCUUCCGAGCACUGCACAGCUCACCAGAAAAGAGAGAAGGAACUCAGUGUUGCUGUUGGCCCGAAAUCGCUGCAAGAGCAUCUCAUGCUUGUCACCUAAAAGACUCUCAUCGAGGCGUAACUCAUGGUGCAGUUCAAGAGGAACCAUCUCGAGGGAGCAGACGGCGGCAAUCAUUCUACGACUGUCAUUCUGUUCAAGUUUGGAAGAUCCAACAAUUAUUGCAGAUGCAUUCCACUAGUUGGACAUGUAAAAAUUGUAUUCCCCUCUACUUUUAUCUCUCGCUUCAUUGUAGUCAUUCCCGUUGGGACUUCCAUAACUGCUGGUCUUCCUUGUGAGGCAGGGAGAGUUCACUGCA